CGCCGGCACGCUUGCCCCGCCCCGGGCGGGGGUGGAGGGUGAGCGGUGGUUUCGCCCGGCGGCGGCCUGUGGGGGGAAGGAGUGGAGAGGGCCUUGGUCUGAGGUGGGGGCUUGACAGCUGGCGGCGGGGCAGGCGUGGGUCGUCCCCCGUGAGGCGAGAGGGUUGAGGGCGCCGUCUGCCUCAGGCGCUCGCCGCGGACGCUGCCUUCGCGCCCGGCUGUCGGCGGCGCCAUGUCGGCCGUCCCGAGGAGCUACAACCCGUUCGCCGAGGAGGACGAUGAGGAGGAGGAGGAGGUGGCGGCGCGGGGCAGCGGAGAGCGGCAGCGGUACCUGCAGCAGGAGGUGCUGCGCCGCUCCGCCGCCACCGCCGACAGCACCGCCCGCUCCCUCUCGCUCCUCUACGAGUCGGAGCGGAUCGGCGUGGCCGCCUCCGAGGAGCUCGUACGUCAAGGAGAGGCACUGAAGCGCACGGAACAGAUGGUAGAUAAAAUGGACCAGGACUUGAAGACUAGUCAAAGGCACAUAAAUAGCAUUAAAAGUGUUUGGGGGGGCUUGGUAAAUUACUUCAAAGCCAAACCUCCAGAGAGCAGACCAGAGCAGAAUGGAACCCCUGAAUAUUAUGCUAACAGUAGAUUGAAAGAAGCAAUGAUGUCUAGUAAAGAACAAGAGUCAAAAUACCAGGAAAGUCAUCCAAAUUUAAGGAAGCUAGAUAAUUCAGACAACAAUUUCAGCAAAGCAGAUUUAGUUUCUUCAGUGCAAGGGGAUUCCUAUCCGAAGAACCAACACCUGCGAGCUUACCACCAGAAAAUUGAUAGCAACUUGGAUGAGAUGUCUUCUGGAUUGAGUCGUCUGAAAAACCUAGCUCUUGGUCUGCAGACAGAAAUAGAUGAGCAAGAUGAUAUGCUGGAUCGGCUAACAAAAAAAGUGGAGACACUGGACGUCAAUAUUAAAAGUACUGAUAAAAAAGUCCGACAACUUUAAAGGCUUUUUAGAAAUAUUUUUGUCCAGCAUCAAUUCUUCUUGGAUGUCUUAUCUCAACUGAUCGCCUAAAACAAAAAAAUCUUGGACAGUGUCCAUUUCUCUUUUUUCUGAUAUGUUAUUGAUUUUGUUGUCAUUAAAAUGGCAUAAUCUUAAGUGCAGCAUAAUACAUUAUACUUCUUCCUAAUGAAUAUGGGAAAAGUGCAUGUUGAGUGAAAUCUCUCAGCGCUUGGUAAGUGGUUUUGUGCUGGAUACCCUGCUCAGCUGUAUAACUGUGCAUGAUGUGUGCGCAGGAAUUUGCAAUCUACAAAGCUCCAGUGUCCUUGGCCUGGUAGCUGCGAUGAGAAAAGUAACUGCAUUUUACCCCUGUUUUGGGGAGAGGGUAGGGGGAACAGAAUGUGCUGCUUUGCCCAGAGCAAAUGUUGCUGAUUCUGUUUACCUACAGCUAUUUUAAAUUCUGAAAAAAUGCUGAUUUCCAGCUGUAAAAAUAAUUCAAAGUGACUGUUCUCUGGUGUUUCUGGGGCUUAAGGAACGCACUGUUCUGUGGAAGUUGUGAAAUACCGGGGAUGUCAUGCAGUGAUGAUAAUACCCUGUGCACAUUCCCUUUCCUAAGAUGACUUUUGCCAAAUGUGGCUCCACAAAAUGCAGGGUUUAUGUUUGGGUCACUAAAUUCUAUCACCUUUAUAGCAUUUUCUGUAAAGAUCUCUAAGGGUGUCUUACAGUCAGCAAGAAGUGCUGAUUGACAGUGACCCCAAAAGUUUGGAUAACAAAAUCAGGACUUAAAUAUAUGUGCUCCUAAAGAUUCUUGUGUAGAAAUUGCUACAGUCUUGCUUUUUUAUUUCCUGCUUUUUCUCAGUUUAUUCAGUUAGGUGAUUAUUUGAAAAAGAACUUCCAUUUUAGAAACAGAGAGUUGGUCUGAUGCUGCACAGAUUGUAGGAGACUGUUCUUUAACGUUUAUUUCAGAUGUGAUAGGGAUUGAGUAGGUGCUGUGCUUUCCCAGGUAAUGACUGUUUUGAAGAAACUUAGCAGGUGUGAAAAGUUCCUGCGAAUAAAGAAAAGCUCAAUAACAUCUUUGAAUCUUCCAGAUAGAAGUUGGGCCUUCCAAUUUGCUUUAUUCUUUUGUAAGUAUCACUGUAGAACAAAAUGAUAACAAUUCUGCUCCUGCCUGAAGACAUGACAGUGAGAACUUGCUGUCUGUCAUGAAAACAAGUUAUUUCAGUUUGGAGAGGCCAAGGGACCUGUGUCAGUAUUGCAGCACUUGCUGUCACAAAUGACAAUGUGUGGCUAAGAAGAGAGAGUUGCUUUUUGAGCUGUAUCUUGGUAUUUUACCAAUUAAAGGAAGACCUUGGUGUUUAGGGCUAUCGAGCUUUUACCCCUCAUGAACAUCAUGUUCACACCCUCCCUUUUUCUUUUUUCAAGGAUUUGUUGCCUUGAGCUGGCUUGCUGCGAAGUACAUGCCAUUGUUAAGGAGAUAAAACUUGAGUCUUGUUUUACUGUGUCUCCUGAAAGUUCACUUGUAGAAAAAUGAAUCACUAAAAAAGCUAUACUUCUUGGACAUAAUAUUAUGGAAAAAUAUUAUUCCUGGGAUUACUAGCAGAGUAGAGUUGUGAAUUAAUUUGAGGUGAGCUUCUGUUUCCCCUUAUGUUACUGAUGUCAUUGAUUUCAGUCCCUAAAAAGAAAUGUGGUUUCCAGGGACAUAAAACUUCAAGAGAUAUUGAGUACCUUUAAUUGUUUUUUAAUUUUCACUUUGUGCCAUUUACGUUCAUUUGGAACUGUGAAAAAACUUAUUAAUAACAAUGUAUCAUCUUAACUUUUUGGGUAUAUACCAUAAUUAAUUCUCUGUUACUCUGUUAGAAUAUUUAUGAAUUAUAUAAUUUGAUGUCUCAACAUGGUUGAUGCAUUUAUUUAGUAAAUGAUACAAUCAUUAGUUUUCAAAACGUUAAGUAUCUUAGUGAACGAAGAUUGAGAUUUUCAUUAGACCUACUUUAGUUUCUUAUUUCACUCUUCCCUUUUAAUAAAAAGGGUGAAAAGACUUGCAUUUUUUUCUUAUCCCAAUGCUGGUUAACAGAAACACACCUUAGAAAGGCUGUAUAAAUUCUCUCCAGACAGAGAAUGAAAAAAAAAUGGCAUAGUAACACUCCUUUUACUGUGAGAUCUGCCUUCACCUGAAUGCAACUGUUUCACAACUAAAUUUUUUGCGGAGUAAGAAUUUAACUAGGGAGUACGCUGAGACUUUCUCAACUAGGGUAUGGCUAAUGGAGCAAAAAUGUAGCUGUAGUUGUGUUACGUGUAAUAAGAAAUGUGGAGCUUGGAUUCAAACAAAAAUUUUUGUUGAUUUAAGAGUGAAGUGUGUUGCCUUUCUGAUGUAAACUAUUCAAUUUUUUAGUCUCAAUUAUUUCACAAAAUGAACUGAAGUUUUUGGUCGACUGUUCAGUUGUAUUAGCCUUAUGAAAUGUUUAUUGCAUCCUGGAUAUCUUUGCCUUUUAAACACAGGCAGGAAAGGUGGAUUAAAAAAAAUAACCCCCUAUUUCUGCUUUGUGAACCUCAUGAUCCAAGCAGACUAGAACACCUGCAUCUCAGCCAUGUGGAAGUCAUGCAGAGGUCUAACUUCUCAUCUCUUCUAAGAAUCCCAUUCAUUGCCUCAGUAAUGUAUGUCUGUCUUUGCUUAGGCUUUCCUGCUCAAUUUAUUUUUUUUUUUGGUAUUUUUUAAUGGCCUUGUUUUAAAGGAUUAUUUCCCACAUCUGAUUUCUUUUGUGGGGAAAAAAAGAUGGUGUAUGGGAGUAAAUUCAUUCCUGUGACAAACUGAAUUCCCAUUCUUGCCUUUCAUACGGGUGAUUUAUGUUGAUGAAGAACUUAAGUGUAACUGACAUGAAGAGACCACACUAUUUUGUAAUAGUGAUGAAUUUUUUUGCUCCUUAGAGUAACUUUCCUGCAGAAAGGGGAAAUUUAAAGGAAACAAAAAAUAAACCACCACAUGAUUUUUGCCGGUCCAGGAAAUGUCAUUUUGCAUGUGUUAUGAAGGACUUAGUUCAGUAGCUUUUCUUACUACUUCCUGAGAGAAUUUUAUUUCUUGGAUACUGUUGAAAAACUUACUUCGUGUAGGGUAUAGGACUUUCAGAAGAAAUUUAAUUUGCACUCAAGCGCUAACUUGGUAAGUUAAAUGAUAUUGCCUAAAUACUCAUGUUGGUGUAGAAACUGGUGUCAUUGCAGCAAAAUACCUCUGUUAAUUUUAUUGUCUUGAGUAGAAGUUGAAGGUCAGAAGAUGAUAGAAAAAAAUAUUUUGUGUUCUUUGCACAAGGCAUUUUCUUGUUUCUCAAAAAGUUUGCUAAUACAUUUUGAAGAGGUUUUAAACACUAGAAAGUAGCAUACCCUGCGUACAUAAGACUAAAAACAGCAAGGAAAAAAAACUAGUGUCUGACUACUAGAUGCCUAGGUGUAUUUGCUUUUUAAAUUUCCUGAGCAUUGAAUUAAAUAUUGUAACAAGUGAUGCGUAGCUGAAUUUUAGUCUGUACUACAAAGAUCUGUUGCUGUGCUGAACUCUGUUGGCCUACAGAAGUUGCUGGGGGCACUACAUGGUGCCACGGGUUUUCUAAUGUGUGAAACUCAUCUGAAAUAUUUUGCUGCUUAGUAGUUUUUGUGAAGUGAUAUCAUUUGUUAAAUGGUAAAAUAGAAAAUACUUUCCAACCACUCUGCCUUCUGAACAAACAGAUUUUUGUAGGCAUUUUUACAAGCAUAACAUACAGAGGAUAUGUGUUAAUUUUUACUUUGAAAUAUAUGGGGCUUAAUUUUCAAAAUCACAGGUAGUGAUUAUUUGUGUCUAUGGCUUUUUUAAAUAGUACUUUAAUUCUGUGCCACCCAAGUGUAACAAUUUUAUACUAGUCAAAUUGAAAUAUCUAUUUCUUUUAUUUAAGUGCUAAACUGGAUUGUAGUAUGGUAAUUUAAGAAAUUGAAUGAAAUGAAUGUUGAAUGGUAAGAUGGUGAAUAAAGGUGCUUAUAAAUGGA